UUUUUUUUUUUUUGGUUCUUUUUUUUCGGAGCUGGGGACCGAACCCAGGGCCUUGCGCUUCCUAGGUAAGCGCUCUACCACUGAGCUAAAUCCCCAGCCCCCCUCUUCCUCCUUUAAGUAGAAAGAAUCCCUAAUAUUUUGUUAGAGUCUGAGGAGUUAGGACUUGUGGUGAAUUCAAUGAAACAAUGGAAGCAAACGAGGCUUACCUAGACAUCUGUUCAGUUAAGUGACCCUGGCCGCAGGCCAGUUUAGCGCUGGAAGGUGUCCACAGACACUCAGACCAGACUUUCAUAAUGUUAGAGAAAGAAUUAUUCCCUGACACUUGUCAAAAUGGAGUAAUGCAACUUUUAUCAGGUCAGUGGCACCGAGACCACUGAGUCUGGGCCUUGUAACAGUGGAGAGUGGAUCCGAUAAUUAUUAGUCUGGGUCUGGGCCGUAGCAAGCGAGGACUUGUGAGGGCAUCCUUAGAAAAUCAGGAAGAGGGGCUGAAGGGAUGGCUCGGUGCUUGAGAGCGUUUGCUGUUCUUGAAGAGGACCCAGGUUCGGUUUCUCAGCUCCAGCACAGUCCACACAACGACCUGCAACUCCAGGGCACCAAGGCCCUCUUCUUGAUUCCACAGGCUCCUGCAUGCCUGUUGGAGCAUUUAAACACACAGACUCACACUCAUACGCUGAACUGUUUUUUAAACGUUAAAUAAACAUCAGAGGAUAUCUAUGCACGUUAAAGCGUGCAUACUGUUGCUUUAUUAUGCUUUUGGUUCUAAAAUUUUUAAAUACUUUUUAAAAAAUUAAAACUUGAUGAAGCUGUGACAGGAUCACUCAGGACCUCAGAGACAGAGGAGCAUGAGUUCGAGGCCAGCCUCCCAUACAGAGAUUCGAUCUUAACAAUACAUAACUGUAGCUCAGACCUACACUGUGUAAAGUAUGCAUGUGAUAUGCAACUCCCUCUUGAUGAUGACUCUGCAGCUCGUUGAGAAAAUGGUUUCUGUAUUUAGAUAUCUAGAGAGAAAGUCAUGAGGGCUGGAGAGAUGGCUCAGUGGUUAAGAGCACCGACUGCUCUUCCAGAGGUCCUGAGUUCAAUUCCCAGCAACCACAUGGUGGCUCACAACUGUCUGUAAUGGGAUCCGAUGCCCUCUUCUGGUGGGUCUGAAGACAGUUACAGUGUAUUCGUGUACAUAAAAUAAAUCUGAGAGAGAGAGAGAGACAGAGACAGAGAGAGAGAGAGAGAGAGAGAGAGAGAGAGAGAGGUGUGCUGGCUCUAGUAAUUAUUUGUAGCAGAUCACUGAGCCUGUCAGAUUGUGGUAUUUGCUUAGGUUUUAGACAUUGAAAGUGACAUUCUUACCUAAUAAGGGGUUGGGAGAGAAGCAGGAGGUAAAGAAGUAUCACUUCUUCAAAGUUCACCCACAAACACACAGAGAAUUCUGCAGGUUUCCCCAAUCCUGGCAAUUCUUGGAGGUUCUGGCAGCUGGAAGCCAGAGAAGUUUCCCCACAGAUGCCUCCCAUCCCCUCCACUCACCUUUCCUCGUUGUCAGGAAACAAUUGCCUAGCAGGAAUGGCCACUAAAUGUAAUCGCACAAAUUUCAUGGCUGCGUAUAGGAGGUCUUUGUAAUUUCAGAUUCAGAAAUAAAAGUGGCCCAGUUGUUUUCUUCAGUGUCUGGAGAAAUGACAGAUGUGGGGAUGUGGUAGGUUUUGGCGCCACUCAACCAAGUAACUAUUGCUUCAUCUGGCAAAGGUGAGCGAGGUUUUGUUUACUUUGUACUUUCAGUGAAAGCCACCAGUGUUGUUCAGUACAAGCUUCUUGCCAAGGGCCAGCCUGCUGCUGAGAGCAUAGGCAGUUUCAUUUUAAAUGGUGGAAACACAAUCACCUGGAAAAGAGUGUGCGGUGCUGCCCCUGUGGGUGCUGACUGUCACUUCUUGUCCUCUACCAUCUGCCAUUAGGGAGCAGCUGAGGGUCCACCACAGCCUGAGGUGCCACCGUGACAACCAUUACGAACUGCUACACAGCUUUUACUGGCUCUCCUGCUACAGCCGCGGCUCCACGUUGUCUGGAAAUGGGCUCGGUCCUCUGUGUGUGACUGAGAACCCUGAACUGCUAGCUGGACCUUGGGCUAUUCCAGAGGAAACCACAGACCCAGCUGAAAACCAAGAGGAAGACUUUCUCAGAGACCCAAACCUUCAUCUGAAUAUUGAAGAAUCAGACAAGGAGUUCAUGGCCGUAAGGGAAGAGCUCUACGACUCCCUCAUGAACCGUCGCUGGCACUGUCUGGACACUGUUCUGUCUAAUGUUCCAGAUGAGCUCCCCCAGUGUGAAGUAAGUGUUCGCCAUGCCCUCCAACUGCCCUAUUAACUGGAUCUUGCUUUGGUUUUGGAGAAGAAAAUUCCAGGAGUGUAUUAGAUCCUGAAUGUAUAAUUAAUUAUCCUUCCCCUCCCCAAGCCCCAGUACUGGGAGAUGAAGCCCAAGACCUUGUAUAUGUUAGAUAAGCACUCUACAACUGAAUUGUGUCCCAACCCUCAGAAACUGUUUGUAACUAUAAACUUCUGGGACUUCAAUGUGAUUAGCAUGGUGAAAUAUGAUAUAAGUAAAGAUUACUAGCACAGUCAUCCCAGGAAGUGUGUGAUCUGAAGUCGGUUCCAGAGGAGUUCACCAGACUGAAGGUCGAAGCUACGAGAUGGCCAUUGGGAGAUAAAUUUUACAGAGAUGGAUAUGAGCUCAAGGGUUGGCGGCCUUAGCCUCUGUGUUUCACGCACUUCUUGUAACAGUAAACCCUCAUGGAAAGAAUCAGAUGCAUACAGGAUGUAGAAUUUCUCAGUGAUAUCUUGUCUGGCAAACGUCAGGUAAGAACUAGAUGCUCAGUCUCCACUGACCCUUGGGAUCUGUUUAAGGAAGCUUAAGAGGAGAAGACAACGGAGAGCCACCUCAGCUGAACAAAAAGAUUCCCAAGAACGGACAUAGUCCACCUCAUCCCCACAGCCUGAUGGUUUUUCUAAGACCAAGGAACUGGAACUUUAUACAAACUAGUUGUGAAGCUUCCAUGUAUUUAUAAAGUGGGAAGUGAAGUAGUUAGAGAGAUGGCUCAGUGGUUAAGAGCAAUGGCUACUCUUCCAGAGGCCCUGGGUUCAAUUCCCAGCACCCACAUGACAACUCACAACCAUGUAUAAUGUAAUUCCAGUUCCGGGGGAUCUGAAGCCCUUCUUUGGCUUCUAUGAGAACUAGGCAUACGUGUGGUGCUAUAUGCCAGAAAACAUAUAUAGACACAAAACAAUAAGGUAUAAAAACUUAAAUACGUGUUAUUGGGGUUGUGUUUUAGUGUAUUGCUUUGCCUCAAAUACACACUUAAGAGAGACCCCUGGCUGCAUUCAUGAACUUGUAGGCUAAAAGCAUAUAAAAAGUAUAUGUUUAGGAGAGUUUUGUUCAGACCAUAAGCAACAAGAUUGGAUAUUUUCUCCUUUUCAGAGAUACUUAGCUCAUAAGCCUCAUACCGCACAGGCCUUUGAAAGACUCACAGAAAGUCUGAUGGGCUCGAGCUGCUGAGAACCCAGGGGUGUGACCCAUUCCCACCGUGUCAUCUUUUGUCUUUUGAGCCCAGACCUUUCUUCCCAGAAGGAUUAGCUCACAUUUUCUGACCCCUGCCAUAAGACGCCCGUAGCAUUGUUGUGUCGUAGUAUGGCUAAAAUGUCCCCAGACAUAGCCAGAUGUCCCCCCAGGGGUGAAACCGUGCCCUCACUUAACACAACGAGACGAGAACAAUGGUCAUCAGGCUCCGGGAAGCUGUGCUUAGACCAAAGCGGAGAGCUUGCUUUAGGAUUUGGCAGUAAAAUGAAAAGUCACAGACACAAAUCAGCAGGGCAAAAAUAAAUUUAAAUUUAGCUAAGUAAUUCUUUGUUAGAGAAAUGACCGCAAAUCCGUAUGGUUUGCAUAUUUGUUUUAAAGGAACAACCAAUUUAACCUCGUUUACAUCAAUUUCAUACAUAAAUAAAAAAGAGGGCCGGGAUGUAGCUCAGCCAGAAAAAUACUUACCUAGCAUGUGUAGAGCAGGCCUCGACCCUCAGCACUCGCUACACUGGGGAUGGAGGCACAUCCAUCCAUCCCAGCCCCAGGCAUGGAGAUACUUUUUCCCCCGAGUCUUACAUUAUAGCCCAAGCUGCCCUGGAACUCACUAUGUAGCUCAGGCUGGCCCAGAGCUGGAAGUAUUUCAUCCCUCCUGAGUGUUGGUUGGAAUUGUGGUUAUGAAGCCGCACACUUGGCUUUCCCCUCUAGGCCAUGCUGUCUUUCUAUCAGGGAUCUAGCUUUGCUCUUAAAGAACAAGUGAUUGAGAACGCAAAGAGACAAUCAAGCCAGGCUGUGUUCUCCUAAAAGUUGACUUAUAUAAGCAGGUCAGACUUGGCUCAAAAGGCGAAAAAGCCUCGGUGAACAGAGAGGCUCCCUCUGAAGGCAGCAACCAGACAGUAGCAACAGACUAUGGGAAGUGAUGGUCUCAGCCAAUAGAAACAUACUGUGGCUGCAGAGAAGAACAAAAGCCAAGUAUCCCAUGAUUCUAUGAGACAGACAGACAGACAGACAGACAGACAGAUAGACAAAGAGAAAUACAGAGAGGCAGAGAGAGAGAGAGAUUAACCACAGCCCAGGUGCACAUAGUGUUGAUACCCUGAAUACCGCCAGUAUGGAGAAACGAGAGGGCUCUGAGAUCUGACCACAUUCUGAGUCUUGGAUUGUUAUGCCUACCAAGUCCCUGGGCCUUGCAGUGAGUCCUUCUGUUGCAAAUUAACAGGGACCUAUCUAAUUUUUGGUGACAAGCUCAUACCUUGGAAGCAGGGUAGCUCAUAGAUUACCAGCUGUGGAUGCCAACGUUCUACCUGGAGUGUUUUUGUGUGAGUGGAGAGAGAAAGCAGAAGCUGUUGUGAUAGAACCACGGCUCGCGUCCAGACAGACCACACCAGGCCAAUAUGGUUCCACGUGGAAGAGGUUUAUUGAGGACGAUGGAGACAAGAGGGGAAAAGAGAGAGAGAAGAAAAAAAUAAAAAGGAAGGGAGCAGAAAGGGUCUGCCUUCUAUUAAAACUGUGAUGUAACUGUUCCCAGGUGAAGGUGGGAGCUGAACCAAAUGUAUGCUGGGAAUGUAUGGCCGUUGCCAUGGCAACAGAUGCACAGGUCCUAGGUCCCUGUCACCUGUAAGUGACAUCACUGCUGGAGGCGAAAGCGGUUCCUGAUAGGAACAGAAGCUGGCUUACCCAGCAUGACUGAUGACCACGGCCUGGAGGACUGCUCCUUUUUAGCAUGGAUAUGUUUUUGCUUCAUCAAGAAAGAGGACAUCAUCAAGACAAUAGGGUAGAACCCUGAGUAUCUGAUGAGGCAAAUUUAGGAAGGCUCUGGAUAUGGAGGGUGGUGGUAAUUACGUAAUAACAUGCCUACUGAAACUAUUUAAACAUAUCUGAAAAUGGUUAGCCUGGCAAAUUUUGCCUUAUAUAUAUUUAACUGCCACAAACAUUUUAGCUGGGCAUGGUAACACACACCUGUAAUCCCAGCACUGAGGAAAUUAUUGUUAAAGAUUUAGUAUGUAACAAAUAUUGAGAAUUUAUGGUAAACCUGGAACACAAAAUCUCAAAUGACAAAAUUACUGAUUUUUCCAUACUUAUUACCACCACAGUGUUUGCGUGGAGAUCAGAGGACAGCGUUCUGAGGAGUGGGUUACUGCAGUCUACAAAAACAGUACCCAGAGAUGGCUGAGGUUUUAGUAGACAUGGUCAGCCAGGGAGUCUUCAGCUGCAACCCGAAUUGCGGUCCAUGUUGGGGGAACUGAGACAUCUCACUGGAAAUGUACUAUAGAGGGGGAAAGACCUGAACUGCAUCCAGGGACCAAGCAGAUGAUGUGUGUUAGGCCAGGAUUUCCCAAAACUGUGGUUUUUUUGGAACACAUGAGUUCUAUAGAGAUAGAGCAAGCAAGAUAGGGACAGUGGCUCUGUGUUCAAAUUCAUCCAAGAGAGGCUGUGUGUUCUCUCGCUCCAGGUUUUCUGAUGAAAGGCUCUGACGAGGCACCAUUUGUAAGGAUCUCCCAAAUGGAUCAGACCAUGGAGUAAGACCCUUUACCUGUUGCACCUUGCACUGAAGAUGUGUUCUGCAGAGGGGUGGACCAUUGACUGUGCUGACACGACAUUAAAUUUGCAUGUAGAAAUAAGGCUACAGUAGAGAUUCCUCUAGCAAUGUGGCAUGGCCACAGCCUCUCAUAAUGCACUUCAAUAGGCUUUGAAACAGACAAUUCCAAAACUGUAUGCAGAAAAGACUUCAGGUCUUCCUUGUCGGUUGAAGGGAAAGUAGCCUAGAGACGUGUAUGUAGUCAUUUGAGUUUCAUAGGUUGGAAAGUGUGAAAGAAAGCGAUCAUUGAUGUGUACUAUGUAAAAGCUAACUCUUUUUCCCCUUGAUUAGAAAUUUCAAUCUGUUCCUAUCACUUCACAUUGAAUAUGACAUUUUAAUAUAGAAAUACAAUAGGAUAUAAGCUGACUGAGGGUACACUUCAGUGGUAGACUGGGUACUUAGCCUUCUGUCCAGGCCCAGUACCAAGCAAAUAAUAUUUAAAAAGAAUGUAUGGAGUUGGCAAGGUUCCCCAGCAGGUAAAUGAACUUGCCACCCAACCUGACAACCUGAGUUCAUCCUUAGGCCCCUUAGAUCCUUGGGUAGAGGGAGAGAAUCAACUCCCCAAAGUUGUACACUCCCCAGAACCAAGGCAGGAGGAAAGAAAGGCUCAAUUUCCUAACGAUAUAAGUCCUUCACACUUCAGAAAUAACACUUUGUGUAAACCUUGCCUCAUUCGACCCAAGGUUUAGGUUGCAGUUUGAAUGUUAAAUGUCCCGGCCAGCUCAUUUGCUUGAACAUUUGGUCCCAGUCCAGUUGGUGGCACUGUUUCAGAACGUUCUAGAGCCUUUAGGAAGUCAACCUUCGUCAGGAGAAUGGAUCACUGAGGGUUGACUUGAGGUCGGUAGAUAGGAAUUGUUUCCCGCCCUAUCUACGUUCUGCUUCCUGACUGAAGAGCCAGGGUGACCAGCUGCCUCCUGAUCCUGCUACCUUCCCUACCACGACAGACUGUCUCGUCAAACAAUAAGCCAGAAUAAACCCUUGCUCCUUUAA